GCGAUCCUCUUCCUCUAUAAAGCCUCGCCCCCCCGCGACACAGAUGCACCCAGUCACCCACUGACCCCCCCACGCCACGCCAUCGUCGCCCCAUCAACGCAGCUCGCAUAACAUUUGCAUCGUCCCCUCCCUCCGUUUUGCCCCAUGGCGGACCAGCUCAGCGAGGAGCAGAUUGGCGAGUUCAAGGAGGCCUUCAGCCUCUUCGACAAGGACGGCGACGGUAGCAUCACCACCAAGGAGCUUGGAACCGUGAUGCGCUCCCUUGGCCAGAACCCUACCGAGGCGGAGCUGCAGGACAUGAUCAACGAGGUGGAUGCGGACGGCAACGGCACCAUUGACUUCCCAGAGUUCCUGAACCUGAUGGCCCGCAAGAUGAAGGACACCGACUCGGAGGAGGAGCUCAAGGAGGCGUUCCGUGUCUUUGACAAGGACCAGAACGGCUUCAUCUCCGCGGCGGAGCUCCGCCAGGUGAUGACCAACCUCGGGGAGAAGCUGUCGGAGGAGGAGGUGGAGGAGAUGGUCCGGGAGGCGGACGUGGACGGCGACGGCCAGAUCAACUACGACGAGUUCGUCAAGGUCAUGAUGGCCAAGAGAAGGGAUAAGAGGGUAGAGGAGAGGAGGGCGCCGCCGGCCAGGAAGAGCGCGGCAGGGGCAUCGCCAUCCGGUGCAAAGAGUGGCAACAAAUGCAUAAUCCUCUAGUUGAAAGUUGAAACCAUCGAACGUGCCUAGCGUGUGUGGUGCGCUGGUCCCCGACCGAGCAAGGCGUCUGAGCUGUUGUAUGUAUCAGUGUGUGUGUGUGUGUGUGUGUUGGGAGCUAUGCUACGCUCCCGGAAAUGGAAAUGGAAAUGGCUGUAUAACAUCGAACAGCUCCCUGUGUAUGAUGGUGAUCGAAAGGAAUAACAGCGUGCCGCUGA